AUGAAGUUCUGCAUUGCUCUAGUGGCCUUUUGCUUCGCCUUGAUAGGCACGGUGAUGGUCAGUGUGAAGGCGGACCACGAUAUGGACGUUGAGCAGGCGAAGGACAUGCUUCGUGAGUUGGCGGCUGAGUGUAAAACCAAAGAAGGUGCAACGGACGACGAUGUGGAUGCGUUUGUGAACGACAAGAUACCCGAUUCGCGUACCCAGAAAUGUUUGGCCGGUUGUAUGCAGGAGCAGUUUGGUAUCUCGAACGGAAAAACGUUCCAGGAGGAUGGAUUCAUCGAAAUCGCAAAGAUGCUCAUGAAGGGGGAUGAGAAAAAGAUCGAGCUUUCGCGAGAAAUCGCUUCCGACUGCAAGGGUGUAACGAACGAUGAUCGGUGCGAACUAGCGAUGGACAUUCUCAAUUGUUUGAAGGAUUCGGCCGAAAAGCAUGGCAUAGAGCUUAAGCACUAA